CAGACUGCAGCUUGUUUUAGGUAUUUUGAUAGGCAUUUUGUCAGUUUUCUUUUCGUCUGCCAGACUUUCAGAAAUAACUCAGUCUUAAUCUCCAAGCAGAUACAACGGUAGCGUAAGAUGGCAUCAAAGCCAGAGGAGUGAAGCAGGCAUAGGAUUAGGUGUGUAUUUGGCUUUCCUUUUCUCAGUGGAGUGCACUAGUAGUAACGUUAGUAGGUAAAACGGAGAUGUCACAUGCUUGGCUUUCAGGCGACUGUUUACAUUGAACAAGGAGCUUUUAUACAGCUGUAUAAAAGCUCCUUGCUUUCAAGAAAGAAUAACAAAAGCUAUCUGCAGUUAUUCCAUUAAGCGAUAGGCGACGUUCGUACAACAGUGCUCCAGCGGGAUUUGCAGUUUCAUUCAUGGUCAGAGAUUGGUGGUGAUACCAGACAGGUGUGUGAUGAAAUCGUUCUUAGACAGUGUCUUUUGCGUCAUUUAUGUAUAUCUUAAUGGUUCCUUUGACAAUUCUUGCUGCGAAUUCAGUGUUAAGAGGGUUUUGAUCAUCUGGCAGUGUAAAACACUGGCUUGUCCAGGUAAGGCCGCACACCUUGUAAACCACGCCUACCCUAUGACCCUUAACCUCCUCACCUGCAGUAUAAGCUACGUCAGCAUCAGUGAUUGAGCUGAUUAAUGGUAGGGCGGGGCUUUAAUGCCCAUAUUUGGUAGGCGGCUGACCUGAAUUUCCAUAUAUAGGCCGUACCCUAGAAUGAUUGACAGCGAGCAGCUGUUGUCAAUGUAAUGGCGAACUUGGUCAACUGUGACUGGGCCGUGUUUGGGAGUUUGGAGUUCAGUUGAUAUUCCCACAACAUAACAAGAUCGUCGUCCACCAGGCCGUCUGGUCAACAGCUGAAGAUGUAAGCUUCUCGUAGAAGUAUGUUUAGGCUUCCCACACCAUUCUGAUCGUCGCAAAAAAUCAGUAACAAUCGGAAAUGCGAGCAUUUGCAACUUGAGCCUGUUGCGACAUAAUUUUGUUGCAAAAUGGCCGCCACUUUUGUAUCGACGGACCGGCAACACAGCGACUUUGCAAGGCGUCUUCCCGGCUGAGUAGACCAAGAUUUGGAAGCGAAUCAUGGAAGACAAGCACAAGGAACUGUUGCAGCUUCACCGUGCCAAGUUUGUGGAGUGUGUGAAGGUAGAGAGGUUGUGGGAUACUCUCCAAGGGGCGGGGGUACUGACUCCCACAGACGUUUCGGAUAUUCAGAGUUCAGCUCAAGAUGAUGGAGGAAAAGUGGAGAAACUUUUGGACCUCUUGCUUGAGAGGGGCUCCAGCGCCUUCCAGAGUCUGUGUGUGGCCCUGGAGAAGACGUACCCACAUCUGCUGACGGUCAUGUUCCUCGGGAGUAACCAGGGGACUCCUAAUGCAGGCUCUUCUCAGUCAAAUGUUUCGACCUGUACGGAGACAGACUCCGAGACAGAGGAUUCAUCAAAACAACUGGGUCGCAGUGGAAGAUACCAACCCGUGAUGUCCGGAGGGUCCAAAGGGUCCAAGCACAACACCAUGGGGAGCCACCCCGCCCAGAGUGAUGAGAUCACCCUGCUUAGCCUGCAGCUUCAAAAGAUGCAGAGUGAGCGGGACAAUCUCCGCAGGAAGAUCAAAGUGUAUGAGAGCGGCUCCAAACCGUUGAGUAGCCAUGACUACGAGCGGAUCAAUGCACAGUGCUCUGAGGCGAUGGCCGAGCUGGAUUCCUUGAAGCGACAGCACGUGAAUACAGUAGAGAGGUGUGACCAGGCAAUAAAGGAGGCAGACUAUCACAGGAACCUGGAGAACAAACUCAUGCACGAACAGACAGAGUUAAGACACGAGAUGGAGGUUCUGAAACAGCACGAGAUGGAAGCGGUCUCUGACAGGAAUCGCUACCUUCAAGAACUGAGCGAGUUGAAGCGUAUCCGAGAGGAAGAGCAACAGGAGAUGGAGGACUUGCGCAACCAACAGCGGCAGGUCAUUCGGGAAAGUGGCUCCUCCGAGAUCCUGAACCAAAUGUACGACACUGCCGUGAACAAACUGGAUGAUUUAAGGAAAGACUAUGACACCGUGAGGAGACGGUAUGCAGACUUGAUGGCUAAAUACAGUACCUCCAUCAGUCGUCUUGAAAAGGCAGAGGAGGACAAUCGCAGGCUAAAGGCAGAGAAAGAAGCAUUCCAGGACGAGAGGAACGCGGCCAUAAAUGAAAGAAACUGCCUAAAACAGCAAUGUACCGCUGGGAGCGGCUGGAGAGUAUGCUGGAGAAGGAGGCUCGCAUGAAGCAGCUGAUGGCCCAUCACAGCAGGGACUCCGCCAUCGAUGCAGACAGCCAGGAGUGGGAGAUGGAAACUGUGGAGUUCAAGAGAGACAGGAGUGACAUGGACAUGUCGGAGCUGGGGUUUGACAUUGGAGUUGGCAGUGACGACCUCCACAGUCCUAACGACUCCCCCAUCAUCGUCACCAAGGUCAACAAGGGCAGUGUGGUGGACGGUAGACUCAGAGAAAAUGACCGCUUGUUGCAAGUUAACGACGUGCCACUGACCAAUGCAGACCGCAGCACCGCCUUGCAGGCUGUCCGGAACUGCGGCAGGGUCAUCAAUAUGGUUGUUAAAAGAAGACGUCUGUCAAGUGGAAAAUUGUUGCAGCCAGUUCACCUGAACCUCACGGGUGGAAAAGACAUUGGCAUGAGUUUUGAUUCCGGGAUCUUCAUCAGUAACAUUGUUCCUGGUGGAGUGGCAGCAAAGGAGGGCCUGUCUGUGGGAGACAGGAUCAUUAAUAGGAGUCUUACCACUCCAUGCAUGAAAAGCAGGAUUCCUACCACUCCAUGCAUGACCUUUACCCGCCCCCUCCCAUGGUGCAUGACGUGUCCCCGGAUCCUCAUCUCCUCCCCCCACCCGACAACCACCACUCCGCUUCCCGGGACUCCCAGCAUCCUCUGCAUGAGCAGCCUCCGCCACGACCUGAACCUCCCCGUGUCACCAUACACGAUUCUCACCCCGAUUCCCUCCACCCCAGCCUUCUGGACUGCCACCAUGCUUCUAUCCAGGAACCACAGUGUACAGAUUAUGACGCUCCACCACCCUGCCCCCCUCCCCCUCCCGAGUCUGCAUUUGAAAAACCAUUCCAGCCCACUCACGCACAUGCUGCCACCACCAACAUUCUUCCAAGUAAUGUCCCUCGGGAAAAGGUCUCCAAAGUUAGCAGUGGCACCUGGCCCAAGAUACGAGAGCCUACAGACUUUGCUGAGAAACAAUACGUCAACAUUUACAUGAGUGACAGAAGGAAACUGCCUCCCAAAAGGCCAGGUAUUAUCGGUCACUUUUCUCCGCAGGAGUAUAAGCGUGGUGGUCCGCCUACACCGCCAUCAAGAAACUCCUCCGGUUCCUUUAUGGCAAAAUAUAUGCACGCUCACCAGUCGUCUGACUCCUCAAACGCAACGUUAACCCCUCCCACCAGCCCAAACACAUCUUCAGCGACCGUUUCUCCCCGCCAGACACCGCCCCAGUCUACAGUGAAGAAAGUGCUUCCGGACGCUGUCCCUUCAGUACCUAGUAGAGACCAUGUGCCAACAAGCCACUAUGCCACGGCAUCCUUCGACGGAAGUGUGGAUUAUUCCAUUGUUUCUGUGAGAGAUGAUUCUGUCGAGUCAAGACAACGUCAGAGGCCAAAGUCUGCUCCCUCUCAGCGACAGGAACUCACUUAUUACGUUGAUCCUGCAGGACAAACCUUCAAAAGGACUGUUGACGUGUCUCCUCAGGGACACCCUCGCCACCUGGAUGCAAUGCUUUCCCCACGAGUUUCCCCGUCAACAAAGACAAUCAACCCCAGGGUGCCAACGGAUAUCACCAGAUACUUGAAUCCAGGCUCGCAACAGAUGCCGGCUUCAGCGGCCUCCACGGCUGUUGUGCGGAUCAGACCAACUGUUCCUGUCUACAUUGCCAACAGUCGUCCCUCCACAGCCAGCCAGCCCAGGCACCCUCCUCCAGAGUACCAGAAACAGUACAGUUAUCCCAUGGACGAGCGGCGCUCCUCCCACAGUCCUGUAUCGCGCAGGGACUUUCACCCGUCACACGAGCCUUCUCCCAGCUACGACAUCGCCAUCACUCACAGCAGAAUCCACCCAGGCAGACUUCCCCCCGAGAGGCACAGCUUCGAAUCCUUCCAUGACCCCGCAGCCGGCAUCUACACCUCUCCGCCCAACCACCAUUCAAUGGGAAGCCGGGAAUUUGCCGGCAGUAACUCCAGCACCAACACCUUUCCUGCCACCAAGUCUAGCAGAAUCAGCUUCCCCUCCAACUCCAGGACCAUCAGCAACACACGAUGCCGGGUGUCAAAAACGUCCUUGGAAACUGUCCUGAGUCAGUCAGACCUGGGGGACAAGAUUACCAUGCUGGUGCAGUAUGACCCUAAAAAAUAUGAAGGAAAAGUUACAUCCAGCACAACCAGCCUCCCCACAGCCAGUGGGCGGUCCACUCCUAUUGGCACUCCUGCCAGCACCCGCACCAACUCCCCCAUCCCCAGCAGGUCUCUGCAGGAGUUCCCUCAGCCAGACAUGUCUGGCAGGAUGACCACCCCCAGGGCCAGGAGUCUCAGCCCUCCCUCCUACAGUGUUGCGCUAGAAAGGCCCCACAGCUAUCCCAUCAAGGAAAGGGCCUUCGCUUUCCUCAAACGAACAUCUCCUGUUCAAGGAACUGGCCUCUACAUCAGGCAGUUCCCUGUCAUCCCAGAAGAGACAAUCACAACCCCGCCCAGCGAGCCCAGGUUCGUCUUCCUCAAGAAAACUUCCGCUGACCUCGGCAUCAGUCUGGUGGGUGGAAACGCGUGUGGGAUCUUUGUGUCAGAGGUCAAUGGGCCGUCUGGGCUCUUCCCAGCUGACCAAGUCCUCGAGUUUAAUGGCGUAAACUUGCGCCAGGCGACUGCUGAGCAGGCCACCAUGGAACUGAUGAAGCCUGCAGAAAAGGUGACCAUCCUGGCACAGUACAACCUUGCAAAAUUCAAGAAGAUAAAGGACUUGCCAGGAGACGCAUUCUAUAUCAGAGUCUUGUUUGACCGUCUAGCUGAGAACGACGGAGAGCUGACCAUGCGCAAGGAUGACAUUCUUUUUGUAGAGAACACCAUGCCCCAGGGCAUGAUGGGACUAUGGAAAGCAUGGGCCAUCGAUGAAGAGGGUAACAAGAUAGAGUGUGGGCUGAUCCCCAGCAAGACUGCCCUGGAGCAAGAGCUUGCUCGCAAGAAGAGCAUGUCAGAAAUCGCUGGAGAAGAAGAACUGAAGAGUGCGUCUGCACGCCGCAACUCCGCCACGGCUCGCCGCAGUUUCUUCCGCCGGAAGAAGCACCAGAGGAAUAACUCGAAGGAUAGCAGGGAGCUGGGGUCGCUGUCGGACUCCGUCAGCAGCGAAUCGAUCCCAAUCCAAGAAGCCUACGGAAGUCCUUCUCAUGAAAGCCUUCCUUGCAAAUGGCUCAGAAGCAUUCUGGGUAGUCGUGGGGACAUUCCCUCGGCAUCCCUGGUUACUGAAGACUCCUAUGGAAGCCUUGCAUCAUACCAGAGAGUAGAGAGGCUUGACUACCAUGUGCCGCGGCCUUUGGUCCUGCUGGGCCCUGUGUGGGAGGCCGUGGCAGACAAACUGGUACUGGAUAACACAGACAGGUUCACCAAGUGUGUGCCAGAGGUGAUGAAGGUUUCUCCCCAGUCCAUGGAGAAGGGUCUCACCGACAACAUCUUUGUGGAUUUCCGGCGCCGCGGCAGCUCCUUUGAAUGCACCACGGCUGCAGCAGUGAAGGAGAUCUGUGAAAGGAGUCGCCACUCUAUCCUAGACAUAGACAUACUGGCCAUUGAGCGGCUGCACCGCCUGCAGCUAUAUCCCAUAGUACUCUUCAUGAAGUGGAAGGGCGCCAAGCAGAUCAGGGAGACAAAGGACCCCAGAUUCCUGAGGGAGAAGUUGACCAAUAAGCAGGCUCGGGAGAUGUUUGAGGAAGGGCAGAGGCUGGAGCAGGACUUCAGCAGAUACUUCACUGCCAAUAUUGCUGGGGGCUCCCUGACGUCCAUGUGUGAACAGAUCAGGAUCAUUGUGGAUCAAGAACAGAACAAGACUUUGUGGAUCCCAUCAGGCUCUCUCUAAACAUGUCUAGGGCAUGCUGGGUAACUGCCAUAUCAGCAAAGAAUUCUAGGAAAGGUAUCAAGUUGUGACUAAGGCAAAACUUACAGUGUCUUAGUAUAGCAGGCAUGCUGACCCUUUUAUGAUGUUGAAAAGUCACGCAUCAAAAACAUUCAGCAGUUUGUUUCUGGACUAACAAUAAAAAACUAUGACUGCAUGCCCACAGGCACAAGGAGAAGUCCUAACAAGCAUUUUGAAGAUUGAUGAAAGAGUCCUCUUGUUAAAUUCACUAUGAAUGGUAAGGUUUGUCUCUGCUCCUUAGAAUCAGCCUUUACGUAUGUAUAUUUUAUGGCCAUAACUGACACUCUAGGGCUAGAUUCUUUGUGUAAAAAAAAAUAAAACUGUAAGAAAUUACAACUUUGUUAAGAAAUAUUGUUGCUGGCACUGGCUGCUUUGAAAGGAGCAAUACAGAAAUUUAUGUGAUAUUUUAUUCUAAUAUGAAGUAGUUUUAAAUGACGGACAGUACUGAUUGUUGUUCAUGUCACAUUGUGAGUCAGCAGCUCGUGAACUGCGAGUCUGGCUGUCAUACACAAAGAGCCUUUGGCACAAGAAGCAAUUAUAGGCUGGGUUUGAUGACAGACAAUUAUGGAUGAAUGUUGGCAAGGUGACCCUUGGUAACUGUCACCAUGGAUACCAGAUAUUUUAAGAAUAGAGGCUCCUGUAUGGUAAGCGCUCAUAGUUAGUCUUGCUCUAAGCCACUGUUACUUUGAGUCUAUUUGAGAGUGUGCUACAAACACACAUUGUUAUCAAGUUUGUAGCGCUUUACAUCUUCAAAAAAUUAAAAAAGAAAACUUACUUUUAUAGAGAUUCAGAUUGUAAUGCUAUCCACAGACAUUUUUUGCUAUGUACAUUUUGUAAUUUCCUUCCAAUGUGAACCAAGAUGUUAAGAAAUAUUUAAAAGACUAAUUGGAUCCUCGAAAUCAAUUCCAAGUCACUACAAUCAUUUAUUUUGUAGAUUGUUUGGCAUUUUCAGAUGUUUUCUUACACAACUCUGUCUAAAAAUAAGUAAAAUGUUUCUGAGUGAAAACAAUGAGAAGGAUACAGUAUUUGUGUGUGGAACGAAUUGUAUCAGAUGCCCUCAAUUGCACACACAUACCAUCUGUCUCAAAGUGUUGAAUGACUCCCAACAUUUGGCAGGGCUGUGCAGACACCUGAGAAUUUGCUAGUAGAUACUGGCCUGAAUGAAACAUUCCAAAUUGUGGCAGAUGAGGCAAGCCCUUGCAUAGUAUUGCAUACAUGAAUACACAAUGUUUAGUUAACUCAAUUAUAGACUAAUCAAUCAGGUCCUAAUGUUUCAAACCAAUUGAGAAACAUUUUUUUAUGUGUGUCCCUUAAGUGGGGCCCAAAGUUGUUGGAAAUGGCUCAACAAAUUUUCUUUAAAUCUUCCAAAUGUUACAGAAACUGACAAAAAGAGCACUAUUAACUUACUUUAGGGAAUCAAAGUCAAUUGCUAUCCACAAUUCAUUGUAAUCUUAUGUGAUAAUCAUAACUUUGUGAAGGUCCUAUAUUUGCAACAUCUUAAGGACUACAAUGCCAAAAUGUUUGGUAGUAUCAUUUGAACUUUAGCAGUGACUUUUGAAUACCAGUGACUUGGAACUGAUUGUAAAUCAAGGGAAGCAAAAAUGUGUACAACAUGAUGUUCACUUGAGUGAGGAUGUCUUCAGAUGGAAGUAUUGCGCAGGAUUGUGCAGUACAACCUUUUCUGUCCUUUUUGACAAGGGUAUCUCUCUACCCGACCUAGGUCUCUCUGUCCACUGUCCUGUCAGUGUAGUGGUUCAGAUGAAUGCAGCCAAGGGCUGUCUCCAGCUUUUACAUUGUUGUCAGCCCCACUCACUUUUACCCAUGGCAGGCCUUGGAAGGCAUUAACCAUGAUGAUUAAUGGUUUUGCAUUGCAAAGGAAAAGACAAAUUUGAUUCAGUUGGAAUUUGAAAGCCAAUGGUGUUCAUUUUUAGUCUUAAUUCUGUGAUUUUCAGAUGACAAAAAUACAUUUUGUCUGUUUCAUGUCAUGAAUUUCAGAUAUUUUGCACGGACGGGGUAAUUUUUUUUUCAUUCCCAACAAGCAAAUUUCAAUGCUGGAUUGUAGGGACAGGUCUUGGAGACAGCCCUGUCUCUGUCACAGACACAGGUAUUCUUAGACAUGGAGUAUGUAGUAGUUACUAGUAAUGUUAGGGCCAAGUGUGUUUCAAACUUGUUUUGCCACAUCUGGCAUCUCACAUGAAGGUCUAGCCUGGAUGCCAGACCCCCAUGCAAGGCAAUACCAAUCCCUUUGGCUGGGAGAAAAACAUACGUCCUGCUCCCAAAGUUGGCACCGUUCCCCAGUUGACAAGCUGUUGCUUGGGGUCUAACUCGGGUGCCUUUGGAAAAAAAUUCUCAGGUGCAUUUUGGCCCUGGGGCCAAGGAGUUGUCCUGUGCAGGCCCUAGAAACAGUCUGGCAUCCAAGCUAAUGCAGGUCCAUGUAGAGCUGCAGAUGUCAAUCAGAGACAUGUUGCUUGAAACAAGUUCCUGUGCAGAGAGGGAGGAGGCCCCUUCUGCGUGCGCCAAAAAGUGAACAAUGUCACCAUCUUCAUUGUCAUUCAUGUUAACAAACAUUACAACUACAAGUAUUUUAUAGCAAAAACUAAUUACUAUUACCUUGUCAUAAGGAUCCACCAGUAUAUGUAAACUUCACAUUCUUUGAUUUCACCAUUGCAGAAAUCCUCCCCUUUCCCACUUUGUCGCAGGAACAGCACACUACUGUACAUGUACGGGCCUGUGAAGGUGGUAGAUCUACUAGAUGUAACAAGAGUAUCUUGUACAGGCUAAAAUGGAUGUUGAGUCAGACAAGACAAGUUUUUAGAGUUCUUUAUGUCAGGCUAGAAAGUAGUUUUGGCUCACUGUGAUGUAAAGGAAAAUGCGACAAAAGGAAAAUAAUUAUCAUAAAUGUGAAUUUCAGCUAUUGUGUGCAGAAAGUUUGGGGAAAAGUUACCCAAGAAAACAUAAUUUACAAUGUAACAUGGUGGAAAAAUGAACAUAUGAUUGAUAUGAAUGAAAAAAAAUUACCAUUCCUGGAUAAUAACAAACUGAGUAUAUUUGACAGACACUCUCAGACCAACUUCUAGAUUCACAUCAGGUUGUAGUUCUGUCGACUGUUUCUAUUUCAAGGUUAUGAAAUUACACCAGCCAGCAUUUGAAUUGAUUGCCUUCAGAUAUGUUAUCAUUGCUUCGAUACUGAAUACAGUCUGAUUUAUUCCUUGCUCAUGUGCUUACUGCUGUAUGCAAUAUUUCUUGUCUGAUAUGGCCACAAUGGUGUUUUGACCAUAGUUAGGUCUUCAAAACUGGCUUGGAAUAUUAUAUGAAAUAGUCAUCUCAAUGUGUAUCAUAAUGUUUGCAUUGCAUUGAUUGUCUUGUUGCUUCUACUUUGCCUUAGCCAUCAACUGCCUUCUGUGUUGAAAAGAAUUGUUGCAUGUUAAUUUUAAUCUGCACUAACAUUCUGGUGGGUUGUUCACAAUGGAAUGCUCCCAUUACUUGCUAAUCAUUCAACCUUGCGUAAGCCUGGGUACUGGACAUGCACUCUUCCUGUAUACAAAUUUAACUUGUGCAUUGUUAUGUGUCCAUGAAAAACUCACCCUCCAAGUCACCUGCUGUAUAUCUUCAGACCUAUGUAUCAUCUUCCUGACAUAGCUGAAAAAUGUAUCUUACAAAGAAGAGAACCCUGUACACAUAAGGUUGUGCAAGGGGGUUCAAAGUUUUAUUUUUGUAGAUGUCUUUUUAUAGUGUAUGUCCCCCUAUGGAGGAUUUUGGUGUAUCAAAAUCCCCCAAGCUGGAAAGAGUGCAUAUCACAGGUGCCUAGCGAACCUCCCAACACACUAGUGUUGUAGUAAGAAGUUUGGUACUAAUGCCAACUCAAUAAUCCAGCAAGUUAAAGAUCCUAUCUGCAUGGAAAUAGAACGUGCCAUUGAGAUGGGUGAGGUAGCCAUGUUGAAUGAUAUAUAUGUGUAUAGUGGUGAUAUUGAUUAAUACCGCUAGUUCUAACAAUGAAAGCGUGUUUUGAUUGGACUGAUAUGUAUAUAGAGAUGUUCUUGUUUUGUCGCCCUGUGUUUAUGUAGAUCUCUAUUGAGUUUUUGAAUCGAAGAGUAAUGUUACAGUGUGGGUGCCUGAGCGUUUGUUUUGUUGAAUGUGCUGCUGUGACUCGUGAACUGCUUACCAUGCACAAACAAGUGGCAAAUAAAAGUACUUUUGUCAUGAAA